AUGGCGUCAUUAUUCACGUCAUUUACCACCUCUAGCAUGCCCAAGCGGCUGCUGCGCUAUGCCCUGUCGCGCCUGGAGCUGCUCGAUGCCGAUGCCCUCAAUCUCGAAAACUUGGAUCUUGCCCUUGGAAAGAAUACCAUAUUUGAAUUCCGAGAUGUAGGACUAAAGCUGGACAAACUCCAAAAGCUGCUCAACCUCCCGCCCGCUUUUGCUCUCCAGAAAUCCAAGGUUCUGUCCCUACGAAUUACCAUACCCAUAGACUUCUACAGCAGCCCCAUCACCGUCGACGUAGAUGGCGUCGAUGUGCAGCUCAAGGUCCUCAACCCCGAGCGGGCUCCGACCGAUGCGACAUCCACCAACGAUAAUUCUGUACCAAACGCCGUGGACCUUGCCCAGUCUUUCCUCGACAAUCAAUCUCCGGACGAGCGGCGUAAGCUUCAAGAGGCUCUAGAAGCCGAAACACAAGAUCUUGGGGCAUCAAUAUCAAUGAGCGAGGACGGUAGCCAAGAUGGUUUCCCUACGGGCACGGGUCAACCGCUGUCUCUGCCCAUGUUCCUAGCCGAUUUUCUGCAGGGCGUCCUCGAUCGCAUGCAAGUCAAGAUCAAUAGAGUCAACUUCUCGCUUCAUAUGGAAACACCAACCGAGCUAGGUUCCAACUACUUGGAACAGAUUUCAUUUCAAAUCUCUCUCGAUAGCAUCGACAUCGAGGGAGUCACUACUACUGCUUCCACGGCUGGUGAUGCGCUCAAGAUUGUCCCCAAGGAGGGCAAACGUCACAUCUCUAUAGACAAAGUCCGAGCCUUCCUAGUAUCAGAGGCCAACAUUUUCCCAACCUUAUCGCGAUCCCCUUCAAUGCUCUCGCCUUCGUCAGCCUCAUCACCGUUCGCGACCCGCAAUCCACCCUCUCGAGAGCCUUCUGAUAUACCACGAGCCAUGCUUGAAUCACAUCAGUCCCUUCACUUCGAGCAAACCUUCAAGGAGCAUAUGGUAGAUGGAACUUUGACUCCAGAGCCUGAUCACCCUCUUGGCGACAGCGAAGACGCAUUGGCUAUUCCAUACGAGAUGGAAACGAAUGACGACGAAAACCCCAGCACACCCCGAGCCUCCAUAUACCAUGAUUUCGGUGCUUCUAUGCUUUCCGAUAGCGAUGAAGAGCCUGCAUUCUCUACAGCCAACUCCCAACAAAUGGAAGCAUCGCAAACGUCGACUAACGUGGCACUCGCGGGCUCGUCAAAACAAUUACCUUAUCUUCCGGUCAAUCCAGCAGCAUCUGCUGUGGGGACAUCACACAUGCAUUCAUCUCAAUUUAGCGCAGAUGGUUCACAAUAUGAGGACCUGGAAGAAUCGCGUCUCUAUAGCCACGAGGAAGCCGAAAGUAUGUAUAUGAGUGCUUUUUCACAAGGUGUUGCACAGUCACGGGUAGCGCUCGAGACGACAGAGCCUGCCCGACUGUCUCCCAAACCCGAAAACAGCAUCGAAGAGCCUGCUGCUGAAGUUGCAACACAUCUGUCUUCAGUCAAUAUUGCUGCAUCACCGCCACGACCCGAACCUGAAACCGAACUUGAUUCAGGAACAGUAGUAGAGAGCGAUGGGAACAGCGAAAGGGAGGAGGUACCUUCAGAAAUGUACCAGUCGUCUUCAGGCCUUCCGUCCAUGCCGGGCGCUUGGGGCGAAAACUCGGUUGUUCACACCGUUCAAGUCGCAUCCGAACCUGCUCAAUCGACUGCUGCUCCUUCUGCGACUAUCUCUGUGGAUUCUGCAUCGGCGGUCACUGAAGAAUGUUCAGCAGACGAACGAGGAACAAUUAAUCCUGAAAACAUUGCGUCGGAAGACGUGCCAACCCCGAAGGGACCAACCAAAUUCGCCAAGAAGAUUCUCGAGUUCGACAACCUAUCUGUGUACGUCCCGUCUCUUCAGCGCCACGUGCAAAUAUGUACAGACGCCGAUGAAGCUAGUUCAGACCCCCAAGCCUCGAUGACGCGAUCUAUUCACCCCCAGCCUCCGGGAGCUUUCUCUGUACAUCUUGCUCAGGCUCAGAAGGCAAAAGAUGGCACUCGAAUAUCGCCGGUCGAUGACAGCCUAGAAAUCGUCAUGUCACCAAUGACCAUCAACUUUGAUGCUUCUAUCGCCUUCCUUCUCUUCAUGAUCACGACGAAGCUUCUCAGCUUCGUCAACACGGAUGGCGCACCAAAGUCUUCAUCUGCCACCGCCAAGCAAGAUGAGAAGGGAAGUCAGCAGCCGCCGUUCAAGAUUAUCCUUGAACAGCUUUCUCUCAACUUUUUGAACCACCUGAGUGGCGUUGCAGAUACCGCCGAUCGGUUCUUGGACCCAUCUGCAUUCGACUUCAGACAAGAAGUCUUACUCAACUUGACGUUGAAGGGCUUGGCUGUUUCGAGGCGCUCAGCUCCUACUGCGGCUUCAAAAAAUGCCGAUGCAACCUUGUAUGAAACCAAAAUUGACCUUGAGAGGUUCCGCUUUGGAUACGAUGACGGAGACAUUGUAUCAUUCGACGCCGGUAAGCCAAUGAGCACUUCUGUGCGAGAUACCUUUUUAUCAGCCGGAAAUGACGUUUCCGUCAAAAUCUUGGAGUCAGCAGAAGGCAUUCGGACAGAGGUGGAAACUCUGCCGCUGGUAUUCCAGCUGGAGCUACAGCGCCUAGACGAGACCUUUGGCUGGUUUGGUGGCCUGAGCAGCUUUCUUAACAUGAGCACCUCAAUAACAUCUAGCACGCCGCCCGCCAAGACGCCACCCACACCGCAGCAGAAGCCCCGAGGCGUACGGUUCGACACUCCAAUCAAACCCGAAGACAAAUCAGCGGCAUCCAAAAAUAAACUCAACGUUCGCAUCGGCGGCACCUUUAUUCAAAUACUUGGCAAGGAGUGCAGCAUUUCAUCAGAAAGCAAUGCGUUCAAAAUUGUUAGCAGAGACGAAGGUAUCGGCAUUGCAUGCAGCUUGAUACGGGUGUCUGGCCCCUACAUCAAAGGCUCCAUGGCGGACCCUGCCAUUAGCUCAGACAUUAGUGGCGUUCGUCUAGAGUUCCUAUCUGCGCCGAGCAACUCUGAUCUGGAAAAGUUACUCGAGCUCAUCAUCCCAUCUAAAGUCAAGUAUGAUCACACUACCGACGAGAUUAUGGUCGAUACACUAUUGCGUCAGCGAAGAAAGGGCUCAGUCUUGCGCGCGGCCGUGGAUGGCAUCAAUGUCCGGGCCAAGAACAUCAGUCAACUGGGAGUACUGCCCAACCUAGCCGAAGAGCUUGCCAAGCUAUCCACUGUUGCCAAAUAUCUGCCGGAAGAUGAUCGCCCUGGUCUUCUCACUUUGGGAAAGAUUCAACGCAUCAACGGCAGUGUUGAUAUUGGCGGCGCGCUGGGCACGUUUGUCGCCGAGGUCAAUGAACUCGAAAUUGGUCAUAUCACGCUCCCCUCGCUCGUCGCAUUAUCUGCUGGCGGCAUUUCUGUUAGUAGAAACAAGGUUGAACAUCUGGUUAAAUCCACGCCGUUCACCGCUUCGCAAGAUACACCAACCCGUGGACCGGUCUUGAUGGUUCGAAUGAUUGGGGACGAGAUUGAGCCUACCAUUAAGCUGAAGGUUCGUCAUCUUGUUGUCGAGUACCGCGUUCAAACUAUCAUGGACCUCCUAGGCCUGGCCGAUGAUGCGACCCCACAAGACUUUGACGAUUGUCUCGCCGCCUCGGUAGCCAAUUUGGGGGACCAGACUCACUCAGCCUUGGCUCGUCGACCACAGUCUCCCUCUCAGUCAUCGAAAGGGGCAAAGCCUACCAAGCUCGAUGUUGUCUUUUCCGAUUGUCUGAUUGGUCUCAAUCCAAUGAACCUGCCGUCGAAGUUGUUGAUUGCUCUAACAGAUGCUCAUUUGGACAUAGUAUUGCCCAAAGACGAGCAAAUGCAAGCGUCGUUCAACGUUAACAAAGCAUCUUUGCUUCUUAUUGAUGACGUGUCAACCGCGGUUGAUGACCCUACUUCAGUCAGGGCCAAGCCAUCAGCAUCGUCUACAACUUCUGCGCUGGUUAGCGACAUGUGUUCCAUGGGCUAUGUGGACAUUUGCUACAUUUCAUCAGCUAUGGUUGUCGUCAAGGUAACACCCGGGGAAGACGGCGAACAGCAGGUGAUUGUGGACCUUCGCGAUGACUUGCUUGUUCUGGAGACGUGCGCCGACUCUACUCAGACACUUAUUACGCUUGCAAAUGCAUUGAAGCCGCCAACACCACCCAGCAAGGAGAACAAAUACAGAACCAAUGUUGUGCCGAUGCAAGAUCUUCUGGCCUCGAUCUCUGCAGAGGCAUUUGGUAGAUCUGAAGGCGAUUAUGACUUUGACCAGGACUUCGCAGGUGCGCAAGAGAUGGCUGGAAGUGGCUCGGAUGCUGGUGGAAGCGACAGUUCAUUCCGCGUCAACUCUAGGUACUAUGGAACCGCAUCCGGCGGAGAGGAAAUCUUUGAUGCCACGAAAAGUAUGAUGUCUGAUGUUGCUCGAAUGGAAGAUACCACCGAAGGUAUUCUACUUACGGGAUUCGACCCCACUACCAGCCAGGGCUCAGUGGAUAGUGACGAACUUGAGGUUCAUGAGAACUACUAUAGUCAAGACGCGACUGGUGAGCAGACAGCCAAAGUCUGGAACUCAUCGACAAACACCUACGACAGUGCACCUGCGACUCUUGUCAAAAGUAGCCCAGUCAAGGUGUCGAUGCGAGAUGUCCAUGUGAUCUGGAACCUGUUUGACGGCUACGAUUGGCCGCAUACUCGUGACACCAUCAGCAAGGCUGUGCAGGAGGUUGAAAGCAGAGCGUUUGAGCGCCAGUCUCGUACUGUUAGCGCACAGAUGCAAGAAGAGGAGUUUGAUGAUGGUGAAGCCAUUGGUGACUUUCUGUUCAACUCGAUCUACAUUGGCAUUCCCGCGAAUCGCGACCCGCAAGAACUGUCCCGAGCGAUUAAUGAGGGGCUCAACGAUGCCGCGACAGAAACGGAGUCGGUGGCCACUACCGCUUUCACGACAACCACUAGCCGUGGCAUGCGACGUCAACAACCCAAGGCCAAGCGGCUGCGACUUAGCAGAAGUAAGCAUCACAAGAUUACUUUUGAGCUACAAGGUGUAAAUGCGGAUCUUGUGGUGUAUCCUCCGGGAUCAGGCGAGACACAAAGUAGCCUUGAUGUUCGUCUGCAAAACUUGGACGUAUUUGAUCACGUUCCCACGUCGACUUGGCGAAAGUUUGCGACGUACGAUCAAGACCAAGGAGAGCGCGAGAUGGGAACUAGCAUGGUUCAUCUUGAAAUCUUGAAUGUCAAGCCGAUUCCGGAGUUGGAGGCUGCUGAGAUAGUACUGAGAGCGACUCUCCUGCCGUUGCGACUCCACGUUGACCAAGAUGCACUCGACUUCAUUACGCGAUUCUUUGAAUUCAAGGAUGACAAGGUGCCAGUGCAUGCGUCGCCUAGCGACGUGCCAUUUGUCCAGCGAGCGGAAAUUAACAGCGUUCCGGUGAAGCUUGAUUUUAAGCCCAAGCGAGUGGACUACGCUGGCCUCCGAUCGGGACAUACCACGGAAUUUAUGAAUUUCAUCGUGCUGGAAGAAUCCCGCAUGGUCCUUCGUCACGUCAUCAUCUACGGAGUUUCUGGAUUUGACCGCCUUGGCAAAACACUUAAUGACAUUUGGACGCCUGACGUGCGAACGAACCAAUUACCUGGUGUUAUUGCUGGACUAGCGCCUGUGCGAUCGCUUGUCAAUAUUGGCAGCGGCUUCAAAGAUUUGGUCGAGAUUCCGAUUCGCGAGUACCAGAAAGACGGGCGUGUUUUCAGGAGCAUCUCAAAGGGUGCUACAGCAUUUGCACGGACUACGGGAACUGAAAUUGUCAAAUUGGGAGCCAAGCUCGCGGUGGGCACACAGUAUGCCCUACUUGGGGCUGAAGAGAUGCUCGCAGAGAAGCGCGCCGACGACGGCAAUUGGGACGACGACGAAUUGGACGCAGAAGAGAAGAAGCAGAUUUCUCUGUAUGCUGACCAGCCCACGGGGGUUCUUCAAGGAAUUCGUGGAGGCUAUCGAUCGCUUGCGCGUGACGUUAACUUGGCAAGAGAUGCCAUCAUUGCGGUGCCAGGCGAGGUCAUGGAGAAUGCAUCAGCGGCGGGCGUGGCCAAGGUGAUGCUGAAGCGGGCGCCGACUAUUAUUUUCCGGCCGGCCGUGGGCGUUACCAAGGUUAUCGGACAGACGCUGCUGGGCGCGACCAAUGCGAUGGACCCGAACAACCGGAGGAGGAUUGACGAGAAAUACAAGCACUAG